AUGCCUAGUGAUGGUUCAAGAAAGGAUCCAGCAUGGAAUUACUCACAUUUGGAGAAUCUGAAAGAUACAAAUGCCGUCACUUGUAACUUUUGUGCAAAAGUUACAAAAGGAGGUAUUUAUCGGGCUAAGCAACACUUAGCUGGAGGGUAUAAAAAUGUGAGUGCAUGCACAAGAUGCCCAUCUAGUGUUAGAGAAGAAAUCAAAGAGUACAUGAGUAAGAAAAAGGAAGAAAAAGAGCAAAUAAAUUUGUUGCCUGGUGAUGAAAUUAAUUUCCUUGAUGGAGAGGAUGAGGAUGACGUUAUGGAAGUUAACAAUCGGGGAAAAAGGGUAGCUAGUGCAGGUAGUGGCAGUGCUAGUGUCAAUUCCUCAAAAAUGCAAAAGCAAAAGGGACCGAUUGAUUUAUAUUUCACUCCCAGACCGGAAAUUGUGGUACAAAAAAGAAAGGAGGGGGGAAAACAGACAACCAUUAAUAAUGCAUACAAGAAAGAGUUGAAAGGAAGAGCGUGUGCUGCUUUUGCAAGGUGGAUGUAUGAUGCAGGAAUUGCAUUCAAUGCUGUUAAGUAUGAUAGCUUUGCUGAGGUUGUUGAAGCAAUUGGACAAUAUGGUCCUGGCAUGAAACCACCUAGUUAUCACGAGGUGAGAGUUCCUUUGCUUAGGAAGGAAUUGGAUAAUACAAAUGCUUUGAUGAAUGACCAUAGAGAGGAGUGGUCAAAUUUUGGAUGCUCAUUAAUAGCAGAUGGGUGGACAGAUAAGAGAGGGAGAACAUUGCUUAAUUUCCUAGUAAAUAGUCCAAGGGGAACCAUGUUUAUUGAAUCGAUAGAUACUUCUUCUUUUUCAAAGGAUGGUGCAAAGAUGUUUGACUUACUUAAUAAAUUUGUGAACCACAUUGGAGUAGCAAAUGUCAUCCAAGUCGUCACAGAUAGUGAAUCAAGCAAUAAGUCUGCCGGGAGGAUGUUAGAGAAAGAAAACCCAUAUUUGUAUUACACACCAUGUGUUGCUCAUUGCUUAGACUUGAUGUUGGAAGACAUUGGGAAAAUACCGUUCAUCUCUAGAACAAUGCAGAGGGCAGUGGAGUUGAAUAGUUAUAUCUAUAUGUGUCCAAAGUUGUUGAACAUUAUGAGGAACUUUACUCAUCAUAAAAAGGAGUUGCUUAGGCCCGCUAAGACUCGAUUUGCUACAUGUUUCAUCAUGUUAUCAAGUAUUCACAAGCAAAAGAAUAACUUGAGAAAGAUGUUUGCUUCAGAAGAAUGGAAUCGUAGUAAAUGGGCGAAAGAGGAAGCCGGUAAAAGAGUUGCUUCUUAUGUUUUGAUGCCUUCCUUUUGGAACAACAUUGUCUUUAGCCUUAAGGUUUCCAGUCCUCUUAUUCCGGUUUUGAGAUUAGUUGAUGGCGAGAAAAAACCUCCCAUGGGAUACAUUUAUGCGGCUAUGGAUAGGGCUAAAGAUGCCAUUGCAAAAUCAUUUGGGGAAGUAGAAGACAAAUACAAGGAUAUCUUUCAAAUAAUUGAUAAGAGGUGGAAUGUUCAACUUCAUCGCCCUUUGCAUGCAACAAGUUAUUAUUUGAACCCAAAAUACUUUUAUUCAAAUCCUAAAAUUGAAGAAGAUGAAGAGAUUACAAAGGGUUUGUAUGCAUGCAUUGCAAAGGGUUUGUAUGCAUGCAUUGCAAAGGGUUUGUAUACAUGCAUUGCAAGGUUAAUCCCAGAUAUCAAAGACCAAGACAAAAUUACUGAGGAGUUGUCCUUAUAUUCUAAAACUGAGGGCCUCUUUGGUAAUCCCUUUGCUAUUAGACAGAGAAAUACACGAGGACCAGCUUAUGACAAGUCAACAAAACUUCUCCAAAAGUUUGCUAUAAAGGUUUUAAACCAUACUUGUAGUUCUUCUGGUUGUGAACGAAAUUGGAGCGUGUUUAAGCAUCUUCAUAACAAGAAAAGAAAUAGGCUCGCUCAAACAACUUUGAAUGAUUUAGUGUUCAUUAAAUAUAAUAGAGCAUUGAGGCGUCGAUAUAAUAUGCAUGACACUCUUGAUCCCAUUUUACUCGAUGACAUUGAUGAGAGCAACGAGUGGUUAAUGGUGAGGAUGGAUGAUUCUGAUGCAGAACAUGAUCUAGUCUAUGAAGAUGAUUGCUUGACAUGGGGUGAUGUUGCUAAUUUUGCUGGUAUUGGAGAGGCUAGCAGGCCGCAACGGUCUACUAGAUCAAAAUCUAGUUCUAGUUCACGGUUAUUAACAAAGGGAGCAGGAAGUUCUUCAGUUCGACUUGUGGAUGAGGAUGAUGAUGAUUCAAAUGAGAUAGAAGAGGAUCCUGAGAAUUAUGAAUCAUUUAGUGACGAUCAAAAUGAUGUUAUGCUUAUUGAUGACGAGGAUGAUAUUUAG